UCCUGUAACCGUCCGGAUACUUUGAAGAAGUAACUGCAGUUUGCAACAAUAACAGCUAGCUGGAAAACACACACACACAGACACAGUUCUCCCUAACGCCUGCAGAACCUGAACAAAAAAUGCCAGUACAUUUCAAGGGCAUCAGUGAGUACCAGAGGAAAUUUAAAGGCCGGGUAGCGCGCUCCAGAAGCGCCUCUCCUCAGCGACGAAUGCGCUUAGCUGGACUUCGAUCUGACCAGAUGGGUAUCAGUAGAGAGCCUCAGUUUCUGUCCAAGAGGAAGGUGCCCUCCUCCCACAUGGCCCAGGUGUCCAGCUCCUUCCAUUGGAACCCCACCACCCAGAGCCCCCCACAGAGACGGGACGAGACACCCAGACCUGGUACCUCUCCUCUGGCUCCUACCCCAGAGAGAGUCCACACCCCUCUGGCCCCUAGGGGUCCCCCUCCUCCAGGGGACCCCCAACGAGGCCUCAACACUCUCCAGGGCCAGACCCACACCCGGAGCCCCCUGGCUACUGUAGAGAGACAGGACCAAGCUUUCAAUGGGGUUGACCAUGUGUUGAGGAGAAAGGCAGGGCUGAAGUCUUCUGGACAGAGGACUGGACUACAGAACUCAGAGUACAGGAAACAGUUCCCGUGGAAGACACCUGUAGCCGGCCACGCCUCCCCACUGCUGGCUGCAGAACAGAUGCUGUACACCAGCAACCGUUCCAUCCCUCCCUUCAAGUCUAACCCGGCGGUGGUGUUGGAGAGUGAGUACAGCAGGAGCUUUAAAGCCUCUCCCCGUCCCAGAGGGCCGCGGCUACGCAGGGACCUAGAGGGGGACCAGGUGCCUCUGUUCCGGAGGGAGAAUGUUUCACCUGAGAAAGCAUCUAAGAGCAAGAGGAAGAAGAAGAGGGAACAGAGAGAGAGAAAGUCCAGCAUCGUAGAGGAGAACAUUCCGGUUCCACAGCCGCAGGAGCAGCAGGAGGACGGGGGCAGGCCGCUGCAACAGGAACAGGAAGUGAAGUCACAGAGCCCCCAGAAGGCACCUCUUCCCCACAGAAAGGUGAAAUCAGAGUAUAACGCCAACUUCCGCUCUCCGCUGAACUACAGAUAUAAGGACGGAGCCUGGGUCAAGGCUGCCACAGUAGGAGACGAGGUGCGAGAGCUUCGUGAGAAGGCGGAGACCUACAGACAGAGGGCGUGGGGGACCCAUUUCUCCCGUCUCCACUUCAACCAGAUCCUGUCGGACCAGAACCAGCUGUGGGAAGCCUCCACCCCUUCGUCCUCCGACCUCACCUCUGGGACAGGGUCAGGGGACGGGGAGGACCACAGCUGUAGCCCUACCAUCCAGGCUCUGGACCUCGCUAGGGUUGACAGUAGCUCCAGCUACAAAGCCGGACCCCCUGCCUCCCUCACCCCCGUGUCCAGCAGAAGGAACUCCACCAGGGGGGCUGGGGACACAGCAGGCCCCCCUGGUCAGCCUGACCCUGGAGCCCCCACCCUGCCUGUUCAGAGGAGACUAGCCUGGGAGGAGGAGACAGGGGUCUGUCUGUCUGUCUGUCUGUCUGUCUGUCUGUCUGUCUGUCUGUGUUCUAGGCUGAGGGUGCUGGACCAUCUGCGUCCGUCGUCUGUAGCAGGCUCCCACCGCUCCAGAGAGGGUGGUAGGAUGCCCACGCCCACACUGCAAAGGAUCGCUACUGUUCAGAGAACUCACCACGACCUGACUACUCCAGCCACUGGAGGUGCUAUCCUGGUGUCUCCUCCUAAGAUGAAGGAGGCUGAUGGUCGGGUGAGGAGAAGUGAACCUCCGUUGGGUAAACCCCGUUCCCCCUUUAAACACCCCUCUCUGGCCUCCCCACAACGAGCAGCCAGACAGAAUGAGGAGCGGAACCAGCCCCUUUCCUCUCCAGCAGCAGGGGUGACCACUGUGGACCCCCUCCCCCUGAGAGAGGACUCCUGGUCGGGGGAGACCUCUCCAGAGAACCCCCCUGAUCCUCCACCAGAGGCCAAACCCUCCCGUAAACGCACCACCAGCGGACGACCCCACGCCGCCGUCCCUCCACCUGUUAACCGCAUCCAGGGGACGCUCAGAGACCCAGAGUUCCAACAUAAUGGUAAUUUAGGCCUGAGGACGUCGGAGCUGCUGCUGUGUCCAGGGGGUGGCUGUGGAACUGAUGAUGAAGAUGACAGGAUGUCCCAGAUCUCGUCCAGGUCGGCAGCGUCCUGCUCCAUGGCCUCCCAGGUCCUGGACCGAGCCCAGAGGAGGAAGGACCACUUCUGGGGGAAGAGAUAACAGGAAGCACUGACCUCCCCCCCCUCACAUUGCAUCCCAAAUGGCACCCUAUUCCCUAUGUAGUGCACUACUGUUAGAGCAGGAAGGAAGACUUCUGGGGGAUGAGAACACCACUGACACACACUAUGUCCUAAACAUCACCCUUGUAUCCUAUGUAGUGCACUACCUUUGUCUCUGGGGGGAGAUAUGACAACACUGACACACAGCACGGUCUGAACCACAAUGUGUCCCAAAUGGCACCAUAUUUACCUGACCAUAUAGUGCACCGCUUUAUAGCAGAAUGGAGUACACUAUAGUGCACUGCUUUAUAGAAUCUGGGUUUCUAUAACCAGUGUCCAGACUACUAGGCUGAAUCUGGGUUUGUAUAACCAGAGUGUCCAGACUACUAGGCUGAAUCUGGGUUUGUAUAACCAGAGUGUCCAGACUACUAGGCUGAAUCUGGGUUUGUAUAACCAGAGUGUCCAGACUACUAGGCUGAAUCUGGGUUUCUAUAACCAGAGUGUCCAGACUACUAGGCUGAAUCUGGGUUUGUAUAACCAGAGUGUCCAGACUACUAGGCUGAAUCUGGGUUUCUAUAACCAGAGUGUCCAGACUACUAGGCUGAAUCUGGGUUUCUAUAACCAGAGUGUCCAGACUACUAGGCUGAAUCUGGGUUUCUAUAACCAGUGUCCAGACUACUAGGCUGAAUCUGGGUUUGUAUAACCAGAGUGUCCAGACUACUAGGCUGAAUCUGGGUUUGUAUAACCAGAGUGUCCAGACUACUAGGCUGAAUCUGGGUUUGUAUAACCAGAGUGUCCAGACUACUAGGCUGAAUCUGGGUUUGUAUAACCAGAGUGUCCAGACUACUAGGCUGAAUCUGGGUUUGUAUAACCAGAGUGUCCAGACUACUAGGCUGAAUCUGGGUUUCUAUAACCAGAGUGUCCAGACUACUAGGCUGAAUCUGGAUCUGGGAUACCCUCCCUAUUUGUGUGAAUUUAGUUCAGAUGUUUUGUAAUAAUGUAUUGAAUAAAGUGUAAAGAACUAGAUUUGUAUUUAUUCUAAAUGAUUUCAUUUUGUAUAUGGAGAACUACUUUUUUAUUGUAAUUGAGAUUUUUACUGUAGUAUCGAUUCUGCGUUGUUAAUAUAUUACUUGAUACACUACUCUGGAUACACUGGGCCCCCUGUAGCUCAGUUGCUAGGGCAUGGCGCUUGCAACGCCAGGGUUGUGGGUUCGUUUCCCACGGGGGCCAG